UUUCCAAAAAUAGACGAAUCUGCUCACCCAAAUAAUUUAAAACGCAGAACGGAGUCCACGGAUUUUUCAUCUUCCAAGCAAUGGAAGCGUUUAGUGUGCGUAACUCAAGCUGCAAAGUCAAUGAUUCACGAAAUGAAUCUUCUGAAACUGAAUAUGAAGAAACUUUUUUCCCUUGGCCACUGACUGUGAUAUUGUCCUCCAUGUGCCUGCUGAUUAGUGCGGUAAAUGGUUUGGUGAUCAUCUUAAUUCACAAAAAGAAGACGCUGAGAACACCUACUAACAUGUUUCUUGCUUCUUUGGCCACGUCUGAUUUGUUAUCUGGUCUGGUGGGAAUUCCUCUCGCUCUUAUAUGUUUAACAAGAGAUUUUCUCAUUGUUUGUGUGCUGUCUACAAUCUUCAUUCGAUUUACAGCCAUUUCUUCGGUAUGUAAUGUUCUGCUUAUCGCUUGUGACCAUUACAUUUUCAUUAUUCAUCAAAUGAGGUAUCAUUCUCUUGUAUCAAAUCGCAGAGGAAUUGCUGCCAUUGUGGCUGUAUGGCUGAUUGCAUUUGGAGCCUCAACUAUUCAAAUGUCUUGGCACAGUUUUGAUGAGGAAACAUUGACAACAAUUGACGACGAAACAGAAAGCAUUGAUAUCAAAUACAGUCUGGCUUGUAUAGCGUUUUUCUUUGCAUUUCCUCUGAUACUGAUGUGCUAUAUCUAUGGAAACAUAUUUUAUAUUUCAUUUAUGCGUCAUCAAACAGAUCGCAAAUUGAACAAGGAUCUCCGGCAGCGUUUUCGACCACAACGUCACGAGUGGCGAGGACGUAGUGUUUUAUUAAUAACAUUAAUAAUCUUCGCUGGCUGUUGGUCGCCGUACUUCCUAACAGUGCUUGAUGAACAUACGGAAUCAAUCGAUUUUCAACUGCCACUCUGGGUGCAGCGCCUGCUUGUGUUUCUCAACUUCGUGCCUGCCAUGUUCAAUCCCAUCCUGUGUACAUUGGCCAAAAAGGAUUUUCGAAAAGCAUUGAAAGAAGUUGUUUUGCGAAGAGAAUCUUCAUAUCUAAGUGAUGCAAACGUCAAUGUUCACGCUGCCAGCCAGCGAAUAGCUAAAAAGCGUGGGUAAAUGCAGAGUGCCAUAUGUAUUGUCGAGAGGCUUAACGUUUUGUGUAUAACGAAAACCAUGGAGUGCUUAGAGGGUGCAAUUCUUUAACUAGAUAAAGAUUCAAUCACGUGCAGCAGUAGAGAAACUUCAAUGAGGUGAAGAAACAGCUUUUACAGACGAGUAUGGCGUUUGAUCAUUUUGGCUUUGGUCCCACAUAGUGGUCCAAAGGAGAGCGAUCCCUUUAAAAAAUCUUGGCCUAUGAAAAGGAUUUUGUACCAUACUCCAAUACAAAGAAUUCGCUUCAAGAGAAAAAUCGCAUUCGUAAAUAUAAUGACACUGCUUCGCUUAGUUUGAAUAAUUACUUGUCAUUUUCGCCAUAAGAAUCUUAAU